CAAACGUUCAUAUAUUCAUAUAUAUGUUAGUGCACAAAUGCAUUCCUGUGCACUUACACAUGAUAGUUUUCCGACGAGGUUAGAGUGCAUUUUUUUUGGCGAUAGAAAAAUUUGCAAGCAGUAAAGUUUUAAAGAAAAUGGAUCGCUAUAAUCGUGUCUGGAGAGAUCCCAAGUCUCCGCUAACGCCUUUGACACCAAGAUCAACUCAAGUGUUCAACUUUGAUAGUACGACAACUCUAUCCACGCCUUUCGAGCAUAAAUCGGCAAAGUUGGAUGGCUGUCGGGGACUUAAGUCUAACUACUUGGGUGUAUCGGGUAGAUCAUCGACAACAACACGACGCUUAGCGGGCUAUAGCCAAGGCCGUAAAGCAAAACACUUUUCUCAGGAUUUUAUGCGUAUUCGAUCCGUGUUUUCGCCAAAUGCCCAGAGCACAGCAAGUGAAACCACUCCAAAAGUUGUUAAACAGGAGACGCGGGAGUUUAAGCGUAGUUCCCCGGUGGAGCAGCCGUCGCUAAGUCCUCGUGUGCGUAAGCUGCUAAGCCGCACAGGGAAUGAGCACUUGACCGAAUUGUUCACCCGUCAGGAAAUUGACAUUCAAGUGCUCAUUCAGAUGACACUCGAAGAUCUGGAAUCGCUGGGUGUCCGAGGGGCCAAGGAAUUGAUGCUAGCCUUAGAUGUCAUCAAAUUUGCCAAAAGGUUCUUUAAAUAGCUUUUUAAGCUGUACUUCUGUAAUAAUGUCUUCAAAUUGUACUGCUGUAAUAAUGUCUUCAAAUGUGUGAAAUGACUUUUAAAAUGUGUAUCUUUGUAGCCAUGUAUUUUUAAUGCUUGUCUUAAUUACUAGGUAAUAAAGUCCAAUAAUAAUCGGUU